CAUAAAUUCAAAUAUGCAAUCUCUAUUUGUAAAGUGUUAGAAAUGUCAACAAAGACCAGCGACAAUCAAAUGUUCCUAAUGUCGUUAUGGUUAAACUUAUCGACUCUGUUAUUCCUGUGAUUCAUAAAUUCAUAAUCGCACAGGCCCAAUCGACUAAUAACACAAAACAGAAAUCAUUCCCUAUCAAGGUACACCUAUUUGAUAAAGUUAGAAAUGUAUCAAAAGAAUUAGAACUUUGUUCCAGCUCCCUCUAAAUUCGAACAAUCAAAUUAAAUUAAAAAGAAUGAGUUUAAAGCUCAACCACCAACUAAGGAUUAUUUAUCUAGUGAAACCAGAAAGCCUGAUUAUUCUAAAACUAUUGAUGUUAAUAGGAAACCAGAAUAUCCAGAAAAGAAACAUGAUUAUUUAGAUAAAAAACUUGAUAGCCAUGACAAAAGAUAUGAUUAGCAAUACUCAGGUUUUGAUAAAAAAUAGUAUACAUCCAAUCAAAAACCUUAAGAGAUUGAUAGACCUAGUUAAUCAGUUAUGAAUCAAUUAAAAGAUGAAUAAUAAUAAACAGAAAGACUUAGAGCUGAGUUGAAUAUGGCAAAAGAUAGAGAAAAGGACUUUUAAAAGCGUUUGUAAAACUAAAUUUUUAAUUUAAAUUAGAGCCAAGUUAGAAUAGGAUUAUGAAUCAAAACAUAGAGAAGAUAAACAAAAAAUCUAAUAAUUAUAAGAUGAAAAUAAAAACUUAAAUUCAAAACUCAAUUAAGCUAAUAGGCAUUUGCAAGAUGAAAUCAAUAAAGUGAGACAAUAGUACGAAUCCUAACUUAACGAACUUGAACAAGCUUACAAUGAGAAGGAAUAACAAUUGGAAUAGAUAACUCAAGAAUUUAAUUUAGUAAUGAAUCAUAAUAUAAUUUAUUAGGAGGAUAUAUAAAAAAAAAUCGAAGAACUACAAUAAGAGUCAGAUAUGAAAGACUAAAUUAUUGAAUAAUACUAAUAGUAACUUCAAGAUAUGUAAGAAGCAAUUCAAUAAAUUCAAGAGGAGUAAGCAAACAAUAGUAGAAAUACAAGAAAUCAAUUCUCAUCUAAUAAGAAAUUAUCAAAGAGUUAGGAUAAUGAUAAGGAUCAAUUGAUAUAGAACUUACAACAAUAGCUUGAAGCAAAAGAUGAGGAUUGUAGAAGAUUAGAAGGUAUUAAAAUACAUAUCUUUAUUAUUAGACUUGAUAGAAAAUUUUAAACCAUUGUAUUAAAAUUUAAGUGAUGAAAAAUAACAAUUAUAAGAGGAAGUUGAGAAAUUAGCCAAUGAAAACAAUCAGUUUAGAGAGAUCUUUAGUGUAAUAUAUUACAAAAAUUUAGUAAAACUUACACUUAUUUGGAAUUGACCCUGAGUAAUUGAAUGAAGAAGGUGAGGAAGGAGAAGGUGAAGGCGAAUAUCCUGAAGAAAUUGCUGAGGAAAAUGAUGAUCAAAAUGAUUGAACAAUUUUAC